CUACCAUGUCCCUGCCACCACUGAAUCCCCAGAAAACAGCUGCAGGCAUCACAGUCGACCCGCAAACGCUUGACCGCGUCAUUCCUGAAUCGAGACGCGCCGAUGGAACUGUCCGGAAACAAAUCAAAAUCCGUCCUGGGUUUACUCCGCAGGAAGACGUACGCCGAUUUCGGGGCACGCGCCAGGCGCAAGCGGACGCCAAUGCACUGCCCAAGGGUCAUAUCAUCGGCUGGGUCCCGCCUACCGCUGCGCAGACGACGGCAACGGCGAAGCCGCUGAGCAAGAGCGCUAAGAAGAAUGCGAAGCGGAGGGACGCUAAACGAGACGAGAAGAAGGAAGUCGUAGCAGAGGAUUGGGAGGAUGAUGCUGAGGAGGAUCCCUCCCCUGUACCUGCACCAGCGAAAGCUGCACCACCCACCUCGACUUCGAAUUCUGCGCACAGUACCGACCGACCCAACUGGGCGGCUGCACCCGAGGAGGCGCUGACCGCGAAACUAGCACAGCUUGACGUCAAGUAG